AAAAUAAUCUGACCUAUCAUCAUCUUUCAUCCACUGUCUGUUGAAAAAUCAAGAAAACACCCAAACCCUAGAUUUUUGAAUCAUUCCACCAAUGGACCUAACUACAACCCCCACCAAAAAUCCAGAUGCAGAAAAUGAAACCCCACCACAGACCAAACCCAAUAGUAAGUCCUUAUCCUUCACCAACUAUGCACUGAAGCAACACCACCACCACCACCACCACCAUCUGACAGCAGUCUCACCACCACCGGCUGCGGUGGUGACAUACGGAGAAUGUCAGAAGAAUCACGCCGCCAGCUUGGGUGGCUACGCCGUGGACGGUUGCGGUGAGUACCUCCCCUCCCCCACCACCACCCCCACUGACCGCACCUCGCUAAACUGCGCCGCCUGUGGCUGCCACCGCAACUUCCACCGCCGCGAACCUGAUUACACCACUACCACCACCCACUUUCUCGACUUCCGCCGCCACCCUCCAUUGCCACCGCCACAACCACCUCGCCGGAUUAAUUCACCCUCGACCUCACCCUCAACUUCACUCUCACCACCACCUCCACCAGGACCACCACCACCGCCGCCACCACCAUCUUCAUACUACCCUUCAACACCCCACAUGUUGCUGGCCUUAAGCACCGCCGUCCAACACCAACCCACAACGAAUCACCGUCCGGUGGUGGCGAAGGCGGAGAACCCAAGUGGGCGAAAGCGGUUCCGGACUAAAUUCAGUCAAGAACAGAAGGAGAAGAUGCUGUCAUUUUCAGAGAGAUUGGGUUGGAAGAUGCAGAAGUGUGAUGAAGGAUUGGUUGAAGAGUUCUGCAAUGAAGUUGGUGUUGGUAAAGGCGUUCUCAAGGUUUGGAUGCACAACAAUAAACACAACUUUGGGAAGAGAGAGACUAACACCACCACAACCACCGUCGCCGCCACCACCACCACCAACAACAACAACAGUUGUGAUAGAAUUAUUAGCUAUGAUGAACACAACAAUGGCCACAACAUCAACAUUGACAAUACCAACAAGAUCAACAAUAGUACUGAUUAUCAUGGUGACGAUGACAGUAGUGGUGCACAUCUUCAUGAUUCCACUGAUGGCUCUUCUUCAUCUUGAUCCAGAGAGAGGUGAUAUAUAAUUCCUUCUCUUUUUCGAUCAUUUCUUGAUCUGAAUUGUUGUUUAAUGAAUAGUAGUUAGUGUAAAGAGGUAGAGAAGAAGAUAACAGAAAAUAAAUAUCUCAUCAAUUCAUUUGUGAGGGAUAAUCUUUUUUUUUUUUAA